GGUAGGUGAGCUCCACCCUCUAUAAAUGUGCGCCAGAGAAACAGAUUCGGCAGGGGACUUUGAUGUGCAAAGCCUCUUGUAAAAAUACACUUGUAAUAAUAAGCCAUUUCCAUCAUUACAAAUAAUAGUCUCCUUUUGAUCUUUUUUAUCAACAAAAGUAGAGCAAGAAGUAACAAUAAUUGUGCAUUUUCCAUGGAUGCUUCUUCUUCUAAGGCUUUUAAGUUAAUUUCUGUAGUCUACGGCUUAUUAUUGUUAGCCUCAAAUUGCUCCGUUCAUGGCCAGUACCGGUCGAUCAUUAGCUUCGGCGACUCCCUCGCCGAUACCGGAAAUUUAGUCCGCCUUUCGAAAUCGAACAGUAACGUCGUCUCCGGCGUCCUUCCGUACGGAGAGACCUAUUUCCACCACCCUACCGGUCGCUUCUCCGACGGUCGUCUCGUCGUUGACUUUAUAGCCCAGAGCAUGGGAUUACCGCUUCUGCCGCCUUCCGUGGCGGUGAAAAACGGUAACGCCGGCGAACAGUUCAUUGAAGGCGUGAAUUUCGCGGUGGCCGGAGCCACCGCACUAGAUGUUUCUUAUUUUGUGGAAAGAGGAGUCGUUAAUCCCGACACAAACGUUUCAUUGGGGACUCAAUUGGAAUGGUUCAAACAAAUGCUUCCUUCUCUAUGCAGAACUGGAUCAAGUUGCAAAGAAUAUCUCCAAAAUUCCCUAAUUCUAAUGGGAGAAAUCGGAGGAAAUGAUUACAAUCAUCCCUUUCUGCAAGGCCAUUCCAAGGAAGAGGUCGUCACAUAUGUCCCAAACGUUAUUAACGCUAUAAGCUUAGCUAUUAAUGAACUGAUUGAACUUGGGGCUCAAACACUAAUAGUUCCCGGAAAUUUGCCUAUUGGAUGCUCAGCUGCCUACCUCACUCAAUUCUCUACUACGAAUAAGAAGGAUUAUGAUGCUAAAACUGGUUGUAUUAACUGGCUUAAUGACUUCUCUCAAAUCCAUAAUCAACUGCUUCAGGAUGAACUUGACCGCCUUCGCCAACUUCAUCCUAAUGUCAUUAUUAUUUAUGCUGAUUAUUACAAUGCGGCAAUGAGAAUUUAUCGCACACCUAGUCAAUUUGGUAAUUUUCAUCUCCCAGACACUUUUUUACUUCUUUAUGCUUGAAUGAUCAUACUCCCUCCGUCCCGUUGGAAUGUUCCCGAUUUGACCUACAAACAUAUUAAGGAAAUAAAUUUAUUAGGGGUAAACUUUACUGUUUGGACACUGUUUGACACUGUUUGACACUGUUUGACACUGUUUAGCAUUGUUUGACAUUGUUUUGAUGUAGGAUAACUUUCCAUUUAGGGAAAUGAGAACUUUCCAUUGGGACAUCCAAAAAAGAAAAGUGAGAACAUUCCAACGGGACGGAAGGAGUAUAUCAUAGAGAAACGGUGGUAGAGUCAGUAAUAUGAUCUAGAGCGGGGUUCUAAGUUUAAGAAAAUUAUUUUUCAGAGAAGCCAAACAAUAAUAUCUUGACAUAUCCGGAGUAUGUGCUAGUAAAACAUACCGAGUACUUCUUAUUAUGGAAGGGUGGAACUGUGGAAGGGUCGAGGUCCCCUUCAGUCUCUCCCUGACUCCACCCUAAUCAGCAGCCUAGCUGGGGAGAACCUCAGUCCUGACCCAGCUCAAAUUUAAAAAAUAUCUGUAUUUUCAAUGUAAAAAUUUUCGUGUAAAUGUUUUUCCAAAAAUAUUCUUUGUACCGGCUCAGUGUCCUGGCUCCGCCCCUAUCCCUAACAGAGACAAUUUUACCAAAUAAAAAGGUGUGAUAUUUAAUUGAUGAUUUUUUUUAUGUGAUGCAUGUAACAGGAUUUGCAAGUACCACAAGUGCAUGUUGUGGAGGUGGGGGUCCAUAUAACUAUGACUCCUCAGUUAAAUGUGGCGGGGCAAGGUCAACGGUGUGUGAUGACCCUUCAGUGUAUGUUAGCUGGGAUGGAAUGCAUUUGACUGAGUCCGCAUAUCGUUCCAUAGCUUCAGGAUUGCUUCAAGGCCCAUACACUACACCCCGCAUGCAUGACUUUCUUUCAUUGAAGAGCACCUUGAGUAUGCAUGGGGAAAUAUAAAGAUGAUGAUGAUUAUUAUUUAGUUAUUAGAUCAAAGAGAUGGUUAAUUAUGUUACCAUAUAAUAUGUUCAUCAUUAUAUACUAAUACUAUACCAUAUAUAGCUAGGGGCAUUUCUCUAUCUAUUAAAAUAUAAUUAAUAUUGUACAAACCACGGAUAUGGAUUUGUUUCUACGUUUCGUAACCCAUGAUAGAGUAAAUAAUAAAAUACAUUAUCGUGCGAGAACUCCACCUCAA